GGACGCAAACCCGGCUAUUUCUCCUUCCUGGAUCCGUUUUCUCCGGGCGUCUGGCUCUUCAUGCUUCUAGCCUAUCUGGCUGUCAGCUGUGUCCUCUUCCUGGUGGCUCGGUUGACGCCCUACGAGUGGUACAGCCCACACCCGUGUGCCCAGGGCCGGUGCAACCUCCUGGUGAACCAGUACUCCCUGGGCAAUAGCCUCUGGUUUCCAGUCGGAGGCUUCAUGCAGCAGGGCUCCACCAUCGCCCCCCGCGCCUUAUCCACCCGCUGUGUCAGUGGCGUCUGGUGGGCAUUCACGCUGAUCAUCAUCUCAUCCUACACGGCCAACCUGGCAGCCUUCCUGACCGUGCAGCGCAUGGAUGUGCCCAUUGAGUCAGUGGAUGACCUGGCUGACCAGACCGCCAUUGAGUAUGGCACAAUUCACGGAGGCUCCAGCAUGACCUUCUUCCAAAAUUCCCGCUACCAGACCUACCAGCGCAUGUGGAAUUACAUGUAUUCCAAGCAGCCAAGUGUGUUUGUGAAGAGCACAGAGGAGGGAAUCGCAAGGGUGUUGAACUCCAACUACGCCUUCCUCCUGGAGUCCACCAUGAAUGAGUACUAUCGGCAGCGAAACUGCAACCUCACUCAGAUUGGGGGCCUGCUGGACACCAAGGGCUAUGGGAUUGGCAUGCCAGUCGGCUCGGUUUUCCGGGACGAGUUUGAUCUGGCCAUUCUCCAGCUGCAGGAGAACAACCGUUUGGAGAUCCUGAAACGCAAAUGGUGGGAAGGGGGGAAAUGCCCCAAGGAGGAAGAUCACAGAGCUAAAGGCCUGGGAAUGGAGAAUAUUGGUGGAAUCUUUGUGGUUCUUAUUUGUGGCUUAAUCGUGGCCAUUUUUAUGGCUAUGUUGGAGUUUUUAUGGACUCUCAGACACUCAGAAGCAACUGAGGUAAACUUUCAAAGGGAGAGUUUUCAUUUGCUGAUGAAAAACAAAUUCUAUGCAAUUUCUGGUCGUAAACUUAGAAAAAUCAGAGGGAGCGAGAAACAGCCGCUGCCACCACCUCCUCCUCCACCACCGCCGCCACCGCCUUGA